UUGCCCGGUUGCGAGGUUGCGCUCUCACAGACGGACAGCACUGCAGCCUCUGUUGGACCAAUUAACGUGCCCGUCUGUGCGCUAACCCCGCUGAGCGUGUUUUCCUGGGCGGCCUCUGUUGCUGUCUGCUCCAGGACUUUUAUAUCAGCUGCAGCGGGACAAUCAGUACAGGACAGAGACGAAGAAGUUCGCAAUGGGUUCGUCUUGGGCUUUCGUCUGCUCCACCUUGUUGGUCUUGGCUGCACUGAGCUCUGCAACCAAGGAUGAGCACAUCGUUGAGCAGCGCCCGAUCACUUUUGAUGCUGACAAUAAAGAUGUGGAAGUGCCAGAUUCACUCUUGUUGCAGAGAGAGGUGGACUUGACAGAGUUGUUUGAUCUCAGGGAUUUCUUCACAGGUCAGGUAAUCGUGCCUCCAUCAGAACAGCUUGACUCCCAGAGUGAGAGAGAGGGUUCCAGACCAGGAGUCUUGACACCAGGACGUCAACCAGGUUUUGGGGGCCGUUCUUUUGGCCCCUACGUGCAGGACUAUGAAGUCCAGUUUCCCCUCGCCCGUCCUACACACGACAAUCUCCAAGCCAUCUGUCUCCAUGGAGAUCGUCGUCGUACAUACCCAGACUCUUACUUUCCUGCCUCAGGUUUUAGUAAGCUGAAGCGAAUGGCCGGAGCAGUCAAUAUGGCAGAGUCCAGGUUUAGCACAUGCUGCGAAGGGAACCAGACGUGGGGGACGGAGGCCACGCUGUGUUGCGCCAAGCAGGCGUGGGAGCUGUCAGUCAGAUCCUUCUGUAAAGAGGACUCCUCAGUAAAGGAUCGUCUGUAUGAGUGCUGCAGAGGAAAAGGCGACGAAAUGCUAAACUGCUUCAACAGAAAAGCUCCAAACCCAAACUACGAGCCAACAGAGGAGAUCCCUUUGCCACCACUCCCCUCUACUGUCGAAUUCUACUUUGACCCCCUCAGUUGCCAGAGGACAGUGAUGACUCCAUACCGCAUCAGAGGAAACAGACGAACGAUGCAGACUAAACCAUCUACUUCCCAUAAAACUGACAUCAACUUUCCUCUUGGACGACCCACUGCAGACAACAUUGAAUCAUUGUGUCUCAACCAGAACCAACGCCCCCUCUAUAACGUAAAGUGCCUUCCAGGUGUAGACUAUGAAUGGCUGGCUCGUCAGGCAAAGACCAUUAAUCGUAUGGAGAAGGGAUUCAAACAGUGCUGCAAAAAGAAGCAGGAUGUGCUCAACUGUGCUGAUCGGAAGUGGAGUGAGGAGCUUGACAGGUUUUGCUUGAAAAGUAGACAUGUGGAUUUCCACUGUUGCUCGGGUGAUGGGGCAAAUGAGCGAUACAACUGUUUCCAAAACAUUUCUUCUGAUCCUCAUUAUACUGCAUAUGUGACUUCUGCCACUGAAGAGCUCUCACUUAACAAAAUCUGUGACACUCACAAGAUCAUCAAGAAGACGUUCCCUGGUGUGUUUCCUCUCAAAAGCUUGGUUGGCCACUGCUGCCCCCUGCCUGAACAAGAAAAGGCAACUUGUUCUGUGCAAAAGCUUGAGGAAAUGUCAGCAACCCUGUGUUCAUCGGGGGGGACUGCUCCUCCAGUUGUCCGCCGCUGUUGCCGCAUGCCGACACAGAAGACCUCACAGUGUGUCUCCAAAAUUCUCAUGAACGCCAUCUCCAAAGCGACCAAGGCCUUACAUAAGAAGAAGAAAAGGUGCCCAAUCUCCUAAAUCCUUGUGACCUUUUGUUGCUGACCUUACUGGCGCUGGGCCAUUCAGGGAAAUGGAAAGCUAGCAGCAGAGGUUGCCUCCAGUCGCUUGACAGGAAAAAUGAUUGCAGCACAAAUUCCACUUAAAAUUCUGUAUGAUGAAAAGAAUAAGCAAAAUCUGGAUCAAAUUCUAGCUUCAUCUUCUGCACAUUUUUGUCUGAGAUCACAUAAGAAGCAUUGCUAUCACAAGAUUAUUUUAAGAGGUAAACAGAUAUAUUGUUAAAUGCAUAUGCAUAUAUUUAACAAUAUGCAUAAAUGCACAUUGGCAGAAUGCAUAUACUGGCAAAUGCAUAUUGUUAAAUGUUUGUGUCACUGUACCACUAUUUUAAAUAGGCUGCUUUUUACAUAUUUGAUUAUGAAUUAUAUGCUUUUUCUUGAUUCCUAUUCUCCUAUUUUUGUAUGGUUUUGGGGUUAAGAUCAUAUCUACAACAGUUAACAGUUAAUAAAAACAUUUUUUAAAUGUA